GGGAGAAUCAUCUGACCAAGCGAAAAAAGUGUCUAAUUUUUCAUUUCUGAGGUUCCGAUUAAAUGCCAAGGAAUUUAUUCGAUUUCACUCGAAGAUAAAUCUCUCGAUCCAAUAGUACGGAGGAUAGCACAUUCUCUACCGAAAAAUCCCCCUUUCGCUUCUCCUCUCUUUAUUUUGGAAUUCAGAUCGCAGACCUGCUAGCAAAAGCUGGGAAAAUCUAAUUCUGAAGAAUAGAUGUCGAUUUGCGUUAGGUCAGCUUGAAUUCGAGUUGACUAUUCCCUUCCCGAGCAGGUUUUGAUUUAGUCUUUUUCUUGGAUAAAUUCUCACUCUAAUUCAGAUGAAAGCCCGAGUUGUACAAGGAAGAACUCUUUUUUCUUCCUUUUUGUUAUUUGUAUGAAUAAUUAAAUAUAAUAUUCGUUUAGCGCACGUUCGAGAUUCUCUCCAACUGGUCUGACGAUUCCUUAUUUAAUAUAUAUUAAGGUGAGGAGAAAUUGGAGAAAAGGAACACGUCUCUGUCUCCAUCUAUAGAGGGCAGUGGGUGUUCUUUUAUUAGUAUAAACGAUAUGAAAAGAGAGCUUUGAUCUUUUCUAAUCUCUAUCCGUUCUGUCUGCUUCUGGUAAUCUGGAGAGUUGGUGGCGGUAGAGAAGUCAAGAAAACAAUUCGAAGAGAAAAAAAAAGUGAAUAAACGAAGAGAGGGCUUGAAAGGUUGAUUCAGUCUUUUUUAUGCUUUUGGGGGCCUCUCUUCUAGUCCUCCCAUAUGAUGGCUGCUUGGUGGGGGUUGUUGAGUAGGUGAAGGUCUACGGGUCUCCCUGAAGCUUAUCUGAGCACUUUACGGGAGGGGUGGCUGAAAAGCGUAUUUGCUUUUCUCCUUUUGGUGACUCGGCUUUUACGAAAUUCCACUUUUUAUUGAUUUAGGUGGGCGAUACGCUUCCAGUGUUGGCUUGUUUUUUAGGGUUAUAGAAGCUUGGAGCCCAUUUUUAGUAGCUUUAAUUGGUAGGAAGAAAGAGAAAGAGAGUGAGGAGCAGAGAGACAGAGAGACAGAGAAGGAAAAGAGAUGGGGACGUAUGCGAAGCUUGCAAAGAGGGCUUUGGAGACUGAUAUGCCGGUCAUGGUUCAGAUACAAGAGCUGAUUCGGGGUGCCAAAGGUUCGAUCUCAUUGGCUCAGGGGGUAGUUUAUUGGCAACCACCUAAGCAGGCAUUGGAAAAGGUCAAAGAAAUUGUAUGGGAGCCUUCAAUCAGUCGUUAUGGUGGUGAUGAAGGUCUUCCUGAACUCAGGGAGGCAUUGAUUAAAAAGUUAGGUCAGGAGAAUAAACUGUAUAAAUCCUCUGUGAUGGUUACAGCUGGUGCAAAUCAGGCUUUUGUAAAUCUUGUUCUUACACUCUGUGAUGCUGGGGAUUCUGUAGUGAUGUUUGCACCAUACUAUUUCAAUGCAUACAUGUCCUUCCAGAUGACAGGAGUUACUGACAUACUAGUAGGUCCCAGUAAUCCUGACACACUCCAGCCAGAUGCAGACUGGUUAGAAAAGAUUCUGUCAGAGAGUAAAUCAGUGCCGAAGCUUGUUACUGUUGUCAACCCUGGAAACCCAUCCGGAACAUACAUUCCAGAGUCUCUUCUCAAGAGGAUUUCAGAUCUCUGCAAAAGUGCUGGUUCCUGGCUUAUUGUAGAUAAUACAUACGAGUAUUUUAUGUAUGAUGGUUUGAAGCAUACAUGCAUAGAGGGUGAUCACAUAAUUAAUGUGUUUUCCUUCUCAAAAGCCUAUGGGAUGAUGGGAUGGCGAGUGGGAUAUAUAGCAUACCCAUCAGAGGUGGAGGGUCUUGCAGCUCAACUCCUCAAGGUCCAAGACAAUAUACCUAUUUGCGCUUCUAUAAUCUCCCAGCGUCUGGCUCUUUAUUCCUUGGAAACUGGGCCUGAGUGGGUUAGGAACCAAGUGAAGGACCUUGUCAAGAACAGAGCGCUCCUCCUUGAUGCACUAUCACCACUUGGAAAGGAUUCGGUCAAAGGUGGGGAGGGUGCAAUCUACCUAUGGGCAAAGCUUCCUGAGAAAUACCCAGAUGAUUUUGAUGUAGUACGCUGGCUUGCGAGGAGGCAUGGGGUGGUUGUGAUUCCUGGAAGUGCAAGCGGUGGACGAGGUUAUAUUCGGAUUUCCUUUGGAGGGUUGGUAGAGGCUGACUGUGAAGUUGCUGCAGGGAGGCUCCGUAGAGGGUUGGAAGAGCUGGUGAGAGAUGGGAUGGUGCAGUGAUUUCUCAGAGCAAUAUUUUACAAGUCUCAGGAACAAAUUGUUGCUUGGCUGUUCACACGCCUAAGUCGUGGAUUCUUGCCUUGGAUAAUUUUCUUUUGGGUUGUGGAGCAGGUUGGAGGAUACGGGGAAAUUUUAAUUGGAAAAUGAAUAUUGUUUUAUGUACGACAUUGAGAGGAAACGCCUCUUAGAGGCCUAUUUAUAAAAUGGAUACUUACUAGAUUCAUGAAGAAACUCUUGGUAUCAAAUUCUCACAAGA